UGUAGUUGUCUACAUGUAUAUAUAUACAUAUAAGUGAGAUGAGAUCAGCUCUCUUUAUUUAUUCUACCAGAUCUAAUCUCUUUCAAACCCAGUUUUUCUUAUAUACAUAAAUAAAUACAUAAUUUUUCCAUUUCUUCCCCAAAAUACCCCCUCUCUCUCUUGAUGAAUAUCACAAGACCCCAUCACCAUCCUCUCCAAUCCAUGCAUGAAACCAUUCAAUUUUCUAUCUUUGCCUCUGCAAAAAGAAACUGAACCACCCCAUAACCGUUCCACACUUUCUUUCUUUCUUUCAUCGCUCCAUGAUGUCCCCUAACAGUCUUCAAGGAAAGCAAGCUAACAAAGAAGAAAAUCAAAACUCCGGUAACCGGAAAACAGCAGCAUCAAGACCGCAAGAGCAAGCUUUGAAGUGUCCAAGAUGUGACUCACCAAACACAAAAUUCUGUUACUAUAAUAAUUACAGUCUAACACAACCUAGACAUUUUUGCAAGACUUGUAGAAGAUACUGGACUAAAGGAGGAGCUUUACGCAACGUUCCUAUAGGCGGUGGUUGCCGGAAAAACAAGAAAAUGAAGUCAUCUUCAAGAUUAUCAUGUGAUUCAAAAGACUCUAGUGGGUCAUCGGAGAUCGGUGGAUUUAAGUUCUUUCAUGGACUUUCUCCAGCCAUGGAUUUUAAUCUUGGUGGGUUAUCUUUCCCUAGAUUAAACCCUUCACCUAGUGGUUUAUACAAUCAAUUCUCUCCUUUUGGUGAUAUUUCUGCUAGUUCUGCAACUGCUGGUAGUGUUACUAGUCCUUGUUUCAGUCUGGACCCAUCUGGAAGCUCUUCUGGUACUUUGAUGGGGCUUAACUAUCCGAUUUCAAGUGGCUUUACCGGUGCAAUUCAAGAAAUGGGCGGUGGCGGUGUUGGUGGCGGAAAUGGCGGUUCGAUGAAUGUUCAUACUAACCUUGCAUCAUCAAUUGAGUCUUUGAGUUCUAUAAAUCAAGAUUUGCACUGGAAAUUGCAGCAACAACGAUUGGCUAUGCUUUUUGGAGGAGAAGACCAGAAAGAUAAUAAUAGUGUUUCUUCGGUUCCUAUUGAAAACCAAGUGCAAAAGCCUCAACCCAUUUUGUUUCAAAAUCUUGAAAUUUCAAAACCAGAAGUAAAUGUUGCUGGAAAUUCAAGAAGAUUAGGUGAUACAACCACCGAAUGGUUCUUUGGGAAUUCUUAUGGCCAAGUCAAUCCAACUACACCAGCUAACAGUAACAGCAAUGGAAAUGAUCAAAACGCAGGUGUAGCAAGCAACUGGAAUGGAGUUCAAGGAUGGAGUGAUUUGCAUCAAUAUAAUGGUUUGCCCUAGAUGAUCAUCAAGAAGCAUAUCAGCAUGACUCAUAAGGUACACCCUUUAACAGAAAGGGGGAAAAACUAUAGAGAAAUGAAAAUAUUAUCUAAACCAAUUUUAGGUGUAUGUUUGUUCUUGUUAAUUGCUUUUGUUGGAUGCAGAUUAUCAACUUGUAAAAGUUGGGGAAAGGGAAAAAAAAAAAAAAAGGAACAAGAGAGUAUUUUUUUGCUUUUGUAUUUUCUUUUAGUAAGACGUUGAACAAUUAACUAGUGUUUAGUUCUUUAUGUUUCUAUAAGUUGUUGUUGCUAUUGCAUCUUUUACAUAUUACGAUAAA